UGGCUCAGAGCAAUUUCGCGCCAAAUUUGUUUAGAAAGACUUCAAUAGAGGAUUGUUAUUGUUAGAAAGGUUCAGAUUGAUUCUCCAGUAAGGUAAUGUCUAACGAAGGCUCUUAUAUUGUGACGGGAGCGCAGAAUUGCGGCCAGACUGAUCGGAUUCACUGGAUGCCAUGUCAGAUUACACACAACGGAGACGCGAACGUCGCUAACUUCUUUGAUCCCACCAUCCGGAAAAACGAGGGGACUGAACAAGACAUAAGUGCAUCAUUCCGAGGGCGUAAGUUGAGAGGAGCUGUAAUGCAGCCGCCGGCAGGGUACUCGGGAUUUAUCUUGAGGGAGGAUCGGCAACCAACCACAGAAGAACAGGAUCACCAUCUAAAGGUGACCAAAAAGUUCAACAAGUUCCACUAUUGGAACCUUGAGACUCCGCCUUCUGGGAAUGACGCAGUUGCCAAGGCAAUGCAGUGGGUUACUUUGGCUUCUGUGCUCCAUGGGCAAACUGACGAUGAGGCAGCAACCCCAGACACUAUCAGAUAACCUUGCUGCAAACAUGUUUUGCCAUCCAAAGAGGAAUAAGGAAUAGCUGAAGCUUACUUUACUCUAAGGAUGUUACAACACGCCCUUUACCUAUUUGUACAAAAAAUAUUGAGGUAAAACUGGGACAUGGCAAGAAAAAAGUCACAUUAUGCCAUACUAAUAUCAUUUUUAUUGGGAAAGCGGAUGUUGUCAUGUUACCAGUAUCAACACGGCAUAAGUAUAUGAGUCUCAGAGUGGAGAACCUGGAGAAAUAUAAUGUGCUAUGACUAGCAAAAACUAAGACAAGCUGUGGAAUAAAUAGGUGUUAUAUAUAGAAAACUACACACAAGCCGUGGAAUAACAGUUGUUUUCAUUGUUGUAAAACUUACAACAUAACAUUUCAUCCUUCAAAAUUGAAUAGGAAAAGUUGUUUUGUUUAGUCAGUCUUUGUUCAAUAAAAGUAUUCUUUUUA